CAACAUCAGGAACCCAUGUUACCCACACAAAUAUUAUCUGCUUAUCUCUCUACCUGCUCUUUUCGAAUGUAGCAUCUCAGGCCUCAAUUCAAGAUCUAAAAAUGAGCGAAAAUAGAUCUUGGAUGUAUGAAAGGCUUGCAAGGCGAGGAGUUUUAAAUGAAGAUUUUAAGGAAGGGGUUACACAAUUCAUCCAAACAGCGAGGUUAGUUACAUGGGAUACCACGAAAUUCAGUGUCAAAAAAAUAAAAGAAGGUUAUGAAAGUUAUUUGAAGGAACAAGGCUACUCCAAGAUUAUGAGACGAAUAAGGAAGCGUCGCCCUGCCACUGUGAAUAAUUUUACUUGGUCAGUCGUUAAAGAGUUUCAGCGGUCAAAACAGUUUCUCAUAGCUUCAAAGUCUGGGAAAAAGAAUCGUGAAAUAGGCGGCGAUAGAUGUAAGCAACACGGAGGAUCACAAUCUGCCGUUGAUUUGGCUACACAAGAGGUUAU